GUAAUAAUAGUACGUUUUAUUUGAAUAUGCGCUUAAACAUGUACUCAAAGGCAAUUCAUUUGGUAAAAACGGAAACAAUGAAAGCAAUAACAGCAUAAACAAGGCAGGGAGAUGACAUUAUAACUAACAAACAAAAAGCAGAUUUAAAUAUGUGAGUUGGACAUGUUCACAUCUGCGUAUUGACGAUCGAUUGCUUCGGGCUGCCACUGUUCUUUAACCAGGAAGUAGCUGGCUGUUUCUGUUUGUAGCUAGCACGAGCUCGAGUGGUUGCUAGGCUUCUCUGUGUACAUGCAGGUAGAGAAGAGUUACACAAAAAUGAACGACGCACGAAACGGAGAGGUGUUUGAGGCCAUAACGGUGCACAAUUUUUCGGAGAGGAUUUUGGAGCAGGUCAUACACUUUCACGUGAUGAAGCUCAGCGGAGGGUUCUUCCUGUGGGUCGGCUCCAGUCCGGUUCUGUCCAACCUGGCGGUCUCGAUGGGCAGCAGAUAUGAUUCGAUGCCUUUAUCUACAUUAGUCAUGGGGGACCCAUCCAAUACCGCUCCAAAUUCCAUGGCACAGAGACUAGCGAAGAAGACCAAAAAGCAAGUAUAUGUGAGUUACAGUCUUCCAAUGACGAACUCCAACAUCAGUCUCUUGGUGGAGAGCAGGAUCAAAAAGGAGGUGGAGCUUCACCCGGAACACUUUUGAUUGUUUAUUGAACUUUGUGUAGAACUGACGACAUGUAGGAAGACGGGCAACAUAAAAGCUCCUUCUCCUUCUAUGUGGAGUUCCCAUACUCCUGCAGAUACUGUAACGGUACUCCAACACAAAAAACCACAAACUGUCACAUCAAGUGUUCUUUUAUUGACAUAAUAAAUUAAGUGGUUUAUUAUCAAAACAUGUAGGCCUAUGGCUUUUUGUACAAAUGUGUCGUAUUAAAAAAAUACCACUUAGAAAACA